AAGGUCGCAGAAAUUUUGCCAAAUUUUUAUUUUUUCGACGAUUGCAGAUUUAUGAAGACUCGAUAGAAGACAUGUGAAGACUUCAAAUUAUAAUUGAUAAUCCACAAAUAAAGUAUGACGACUACAACACCGAUAACACCCCCUAUUUCACCCACUGCUUCUAAACCUCGACCAAUACUUCUACGCAAGUCAUCUGGGGGAAAAGGAGCACUGAAGGAAAAAAUUGUGCAAAUUUAUGAAGCUUUUUUCAAGGGCACAGACCCAUCAGUGGGUAACCCAAAUUUCUGGGAUGAACUUUUCCUGCUAAAAGUCAACACGACUUUCAUUGAAACAGAAUUUGAGAAAUUAUCAGGAGAUCAACUUUUAAGUCUAAAGGAUAACAUUAACACCCUGUUCUACAAGUGUGUGCUAACCCUCAAAGAGGACUAUCCAAUCAGAAUUGUCAAUGCUAUUCAGACAAUAUGUGCAUUGGUGCGUGGAAUCUUCAAAAAGAGCAUUGGUGGAGACUUUGGUUUUGAUAUGAUUGACAUUCUGAUUGGAUUCGAUGCAGCUGAGGGACUUAUGCAAACAUUAAUUGAACACUGCAAUCAUUUCCUUACUGGAGAACAUUCUGAUAACUUGAAGGGGCUCGUCUUGAAGCUCCUAUUGGUCCUCGUCACGGCAACUGAAAAUGUCAGUCAGAACACGUUAUUAGAGUAUGUGAUGAUCAACAGUGUCUAUGAAGCUAUCGUCCUGUUGCUAGGCAACCCCACAAUGAGGCAGGCUCAUGGUCAUGAUGCCGUCUUACUUUUAACAAUUUUGGUGCAGUAUAGAAAAUAUGAGUCAGCCAACCCUUACAUCGUGAAACUGUCAAUAUUAGAUGAUGAGCUUGCAUUGAAUGGAUAUGCCCAAGUAGUGUCAUCAGCUCUGACAGAAUACAACAGACUUUACCAGCAGAAAAAUAUAGAGCCACAAAACACUGGAUUCUUUUCUUCGUUCACCAACAUGGUUGGAAAUAUGUUUAUUCCUGAAGAAUCCAGCAAUGUGGAAGCAAUAAAGGCAAACGACAGUAUUCUCCUGGCUCUGUAUGAAGCUAUACAUUUGAACAGGAAUUUUAUAACCACUUUAACACAUUCGCAUACACAUUCGGCACCAACAACGCCACCUUCGUCUCCAGUCACUCCGGGAACGCCCUCUGGAGGAGAGGAGCCAGGUACACCAAAGAUGGAUAUCACUGCCCUUGAGCCUACUAAUCAGCCUACAAACCUUCUAGUCACAUUUUUAGAGUACAGCUCCAUUAUUAUGCAGAACACACGAGAUGAAACACGGUUCAAUAAUGCAAAGUUAUGUCUGACAAUCAUGACAUGCAUUGCCGAGGAUCAGUACGCUAACUCUCUCAUGCAUGACGUCAACAUGAACUUCCGGGUGCCUCUUCACAGAAUGCCUAUGAGACACAGAAAGGGAAUGGUUGAUGGUGAGCCUCCUUCUAGACCUCUUGCCUGCUCCUUUCUUGAUCUGAUGGUUGAGUUCACAAUGAGUCACAUGAUGAAGAACCUUCCAAUGGAGCUUUACCUCAAAUGUUUGGGUAUAGCUCAUAGGGUGCUUUGUUACCAGAAGAAAUGUCGUGUAAGGCUCCAGUACACAUGGAAGGGCAUGUGGACAGCUUUAAUCAAUCUCCUGAAGUUUAUGAUGUCCAAUGAGAAUUACCUUGUGAAGAAACAUGACAUAUUCAACCUCUGUUCAAAAGUGGUGAAUAUUUUCAACUUGUUUAUAACAUAUGGGGACACAUUCCUGCCAAGCCCUAGCAGUUAUGAUGACUUAUAUUAUGAGAUUAUUAGGAUGCAUCAAGUUUUUGAUAAUCUGUACUCAAUGGCAUUGAGGUAUACAUCUGGAGAAGGUCAAUGGAAGGACUCAGCUGUGCGUCUUACGAACCAUCUAGUCAAUGUCAGAGCAAUUAUAAAUCAUUUUACACCAAAAGUCGAUUCGUGGGCAGCAGCCAAUCAUCUUUCUUCAUUAGAAGAAGAGCAGGUUCUCCAAGUGGUGCGUGACAAUUACGAUACACUUACGCUGAAGUUGCAGGAUAGUCUAGAUCAAUAUGAGCGAUACGCAGAACAGCCUAAAGAGACAGCAUUUUUCACUCAGUUGGUGCGUUCUAUAAUAACUGAUGUAAGAAAAAACAUUUCAUUCUCCAAUUAUCAAAUACAAACAGUCCUCCAACAGUUUUCUACCAUCUCAUAAAAUAAAAGUCAAGUACUCAUGGAUACAACAAGGUGACAAUGUAAAUCCAUAGAUACAGUGGAUGUGUAUCUAAGGAUACAACAAU